GCAAGGGAUAGCCAGAGGACCAGCGGGGUGACUCACACACGCACACACACACCUCAACGGCCUCUCUGGGAAGCGCACAGGUUUGGCGUGGAUCAUGGAGACUAUCCUCCUCCUCUCAGUUCUACUCUUGGCCGGUACUGCCUUAUCUCAUGACAUGCCCCAUGAGCAUCUACUGGCCCAGCUCCAGGCUUGCCCGAAGGAGUGUCGCUGCCCUCCAAGCUUCCCCAAUGCCGUCUACUGCGACAACAGGGGCCUGAAACGCAUCCCUGUGAUCCCACCUUACACCUGGUACCUCUACCUGCAGAGCAAUGGGAUCGAGGUGCUUCCAGAGGACGCCUUCCGCAAUGCCACCCAGCUUAAGUGGCUCAACCUGAAUCGUAACAGGUUGACCAAUGAGGGGCUCCAGGAAGGUGCUCUCCGAUCAAUGCCGAAUCUUGUGCACCUGUACAUGGAGGACAACCAACUGGGCUCCGUGCCCUCACCCCUGCCCCCCAAGCUGGAACAUCUUCGUCUCUCCAGAAAUCGCAUCUCCAAGAUCCCAGCAGGCGUGUUUGCUGGCAUGGACAGCCUGACUCUGCUGGACCUGCAAGGGAACAAGCUCCAGGACGACGCGGUUACCGAGGUUAGCCUGAAAGGCCUGACCAACCUGGUCCAGAUCAACCUGGCCAAGAACCAGUUGGGUAUGAUGCCGUUGGGUCUGCCACCAACCAUGGCCCAGAUCUAUCUGGACAGCAACAACAUCGAGAAGAUUCCCCCAGAGUACUUCAAGGGACUGCCCAAGGUGACAUUCCUGAGGCUUAAUGAGAACAAGCUGGGAAACGGUGGAAUUCCCAAGUACGUGUUCAACAUCUCCAGCAUCUUGGACCUGCAACUGUCACACAACGAGCUGACCGAGAUUCCCCACAUUCCGGCUAGCCUUGAGCAGUUACAUCUGGACCAUAACAAGAUCAAGAGUGUCAAUGGCUCAGACAUCUGUCCCGUGCCUGCUGGUGCUGACUACUUUGAUGAGAAGAGUCCUCGUCUGCGCUACCUCCGCCUUGAUGGCAACGAGAUCCAGCCGCCCAUUCCUCAUGAUGUAAUGGUCUGUUUCAGAUCUCUCAGGGCUGUUGUCAUCUAA